AUGACCACCUCCAUAGUAGCGAUGUUUUCCAAAGUAUAUUCCGGGGUCAUUGUUACCCCUAUUCUAGCACAACUUACUUCAGUCGAUCACCCCCGCUCCUUGUUGUUUAGAGAAAAGCUAGUAGAUUUCUUCCAAGCAUUGAACAACAAGUGGCCAUGGAAGUCUUCGGAUCAACCACAUCUUCUUUUAGAAUGGACCAUACACACUUGGAGGCUUAUUAGAAAUUCAACUCGUUUAACUUAUUUGAGGCUCUUUUAUUGCUCGAUCGGUUGGAAAAUAUUAAGGAUGCUCGCAGUUAGUCGGAAGAAUGGAAUUGAUUAUGGAGUUGUUGUAACUAACUUCUUUCAUGAUAAGAUGGAUGGAACAUCAUCUUCUAAAACUAUAAAAGGAUUGGCUAAAGAUAUCUCUUGUGCUAUGAUUAAGGUCAAUCUUCCACCUAUGGUAAAUGAUAUUAAAGCUCUCCAAGGAAGACUAGAUUGUCUGCUAGUGAAGUGA